UGCUAGACGAAAGCUGCGGAAUUGCUGUUGAGAAGGCAUCGGUCAAGCCAGAGAAGCUCAAGCACCUCCCUGCCAAUCUCUUCCGCUGGGAAAGUCUUUUGGCACAAAUAGUGCGACACCGGAAUUCUCGGCGACAGCUCACAGAGGACCGGCAAAAUUUCUUUCCUUGAGGAUCUUGAGUGUGAGGAGGCAGAAAGAAUGGGCGCUGGAGCAAGUGCCGAGGACAAAAAGUCCAAGGAGUUGGAAAAGCAACUUCAGGAGGAUGCGGACAAGGACUCCAAAACGGUCAAGCUUCUCCUGCUGGGUGCUGGUGAGUCAGGCAAAAGCACCAUUGUCAAGCAAAUGAAGAUUCUCCAUCAAGGCGGGUACACAAAAGAGGAACAAUUGGAGUUCAGAGCUAUCAUCUACGGCAACAUCCUGCAGUCUGCUCUGGCUAUCAUCAGAGGCAUGGAGAUGCUGGGAAUUGAUUUUGGAGCUGCCUCCGCACAGGAGAACGCGCAGAAGCUGCAGAACUUGUCCGAUUCCAUCGAGGAAGGCACGAUGCCUCCCGAACUGGCCGACGUCAUCCAGAAGCUGUGGAAGGACUCCGGCGUUCAGGCCGGCUUCGAAAGAGCGGCCGAAUAUCAACUCAACGACUCGGCCGGCUACUACCUCAAUGAAAUGGACAGAAUCUGCAAACCCGACUACCUUCCCACCGAGCAGGACGUGCUGCGAUCUCGAGUCAAGACAACUGGUAUCAUCGAAGAACAGUUCUCUUGCAAAGAGCUGCACUUCCGGAUGUUUGACGUAGGAGGCCAGAGAUCCGAGAGAAAGAAGUGGAUCCACUGUUUCGAGGGUGUGACCUGCAUCAUUUUUUGCGGAGCCCUUAGUGCGUACGACAUGGUGCUGGUAGAGGACGACGAAGUGAACCGGAUGCAUGAGUCCCUCCAUCUUUUCAACAGUAUAUGCAACCACCGGUUCUUUGCGCUGACCUCCAUCGUUCUGUUCCUUAACAAGAAGGAUCUUUUUGAGGAGAAGAUCAAGAAGGUCCACCUGAGCAUCUGCUUCCCAGACUAUGACGGUCCGAACACGUACGACGACGCCAGCAACUACAUCAAGGCCCAGUUUGAGGAGCUGAACAUGAAGAAGGGCGUGAAAGAAAUCUACUCUCACUUGACCUGUGCCACAGACACAAAGAACGUUGAGAUUGUGUUCAACGCGGUCACAGACAUCAUUAUCAAGGAGAACCUUAAAGACUGCGGUCUCUUCUAAUCAGCUGCACAGUUGUAGAGCUUCCCUCGUAUAUUGGCAUUUACUCAGACACGUCCCACUGGAGCAACAAGGAUCCUCUCAACGUAUUUGUCGUGUUCAUGCCAAGUGACUCCAAUCUCAGUCUUCCCGCCACAUAGCGCAACCGGGUCGAGAUUCGCCGCUGGACGCAUGUGCAGAUUUUUACUGGUUUUUCAAUGGCAAAAAAAUAUUAGCAGCUGGUUUCCGAAAAUGACUUUGUUGCUUCCUUUGCUGCGAUCAUUGAACAUUGAACCUGAAGUUAAAGACUAAUAUUUUCGUGUAGCGUCAUCGGAUGAUUGUUUUUCAGUACCGUAGUCUCUGUGAUCUUAAUAUAACUGUAUAAUGUUGCCGAGAAAAUAUCCCAAAUUAUUCCCAGUGCUUGCCUAUUGUCCAGAAUACCGUUCAAAUUACAAAAAUAGUGUUAUGUUUUUGAUUCAACUGACAUUAUAAGGAUAAAAAUAUACAUUUCUGAUGGGCAAACGUGUUAGAAAUUGUACAUAAGCGUAGUUACUUCAUCUUUGUUUUGAACCAUAACAAAAUGUAUGUGAUAUACUGUAUAUAUACGCAGUGUAUAUGAGAGAAAAAGUGAAUAUAGGUUGAUGCUUUGUUAUUAAAAGGGAAUGAAAUUUACAGUUUGUCCUUUCUCAUGAAAUGUAGAAACAUCAAUUAAAGCUCAUUCACGCAUCUCUCUUGC